CUGAAAUUACCAAAACUGUAGACUGAGCAUGAGAGGCACUUUCUGCUUGCUUAUUAUUUUCAGUCCUGUAUUGACUAUUGAGCUUACUUUUCUUACUUGUGCUGUUACAUACUAAGGAAGUACGUUAUCUUUGCGAGCCCGAGUCUCGUUUUCGUCUUGUGCUCCUCAUUCUCCUGGCGGUAUGUUGCUAAGCGGUGGCUGUGUUCUUGACUUGUAACAAAAAGCGUCUGCCCUCUGAGUUGUUUGGAUUCUCAAUCAAGCAGUAGUCUGCUCACAGGGAUGGCGAAUGACAACGAAGCAGAACUGAUCAAGGCACAGCAGCAGCUGGGACCGAUACUACGAUUCAUUGCAAACCAACCAGUCGGUGUUCCUCCGUCUCUUGCGGGAUUUUCCGCUUCUAGCGCUGGUGGCAGUGGCCAUGACCACGGCUCAACACCAGCACACCACAUGGCACAGAGUGCUGCUGAUGGUGGUGUCAGUGCAGCGCAGUCUGCUGCUGUUGUAGCCGCACUCAAACACAUGGUACCGACACAGUCCAUGCUGCCCAGUGCUGCUGCUGUUGCUUCAGCCAGUCCCGCCGGUACACCGCCUGUACCUGCGGCACUGUCAAUGGCUAAUGUGUAUGCCACGCAAGCUCGGCCCACCUUUCAGCAGUCUCUUGCUGCUGCAGCGGCCGCAGCUGCAGCAGCUGUUGCUACGGCAACAAGCACUGCGGGCAGCACGACCGCAGUGCCAGCUGGUGCAGCUGCUGCUCCUGGCAGUUCUACUGCAGUAACGCAUUCAUCUCUGCAUUCUUCAAGCCAUGCAGCUGCAUCAAUGGCGCCGGGGGUGGCAACAUCCUCCUCUAUGUCCAAUGCAGAUGACAACAGGUACCGCAAGUCGUCCGCUUCAGCAAUGGCUGCAUGCGGCAAUGUGGAGAAUGACAGUGCAGACGAAGAUGAUGAUGAUACGGCAAGUUUAAAUGCUUCAAGUACUGCUGUUACUCCGGCACCGAUAUCGUCUGGGCGCAAGUCUGACCAUCGUCGUGCUGCUCAUACCAGUGCUGAGCAAAAGAGGCGGGAUGAUAUCAAGCACGGCUAUGAAGACUUGGCAUCGCUAAUACCUUCUUGCCAGACCAAUAAUAACAGUGGGCAGAAGCUUAGCAAAGCGGUCAUUCUGCAGCGCUCCAUCGACUAUCUAACUUAUCUCAAGAAGCACCGCCAGCAACAGGAACAAGAUCUUGUUGCAUUACGAAAUGAAGUUGUCGCACUUCGCAUCAUGAAACGGAAUUAUGAGCAACUGGCCAAAGCACAUACAGCUCUGCCACCCGAGAAGACACCUCAAGUAUCUGAUGCUGCCAAAUUUGAAGUUUUCAAAGCAGUGAUGGAUACUCUUUUCCAGUCCUUUGACGCCUGCAUCUCGGUUAACAACUUUGAGGUAUUGUCGUCAUCCAUCUUUCAGUGGCUCGAGGAGUUCUGCAAACCACAGAAUAUGCGCGGAAUCGUCAUUUCGUCUCUGCAGACAUUACAGAAACAGCCGGCAGGUUCCAUGUAUGGUGGGAGGUCAUAGGAGUAUGGCAAGAUCUCCUUUCUACGCAUGCCCAAGUUCACCUUAUUGAUGUUUUGAGUCCUGCUUCAUUUGCUGUCCACUCUGUCUCUCCUUUGUCUGUCUGUCUCUCAGUCUCCCUCUCUUCCCCUCUCUCCUCGUGUAUAGUCUUGGAGAUACAAACGCCCAGUGUACUUCUAAGUUCAUACAUAUCAUGGAUAAUCGUGCAAAUUCUUUGCCUGCCUUUCCCCCAACCUCCUUUUUUGUUUUUUUUGUUUUUUUCUUUUCUCAGGACUGUUUGACUUGCUGGCAAGUACUUAGUCUUUUUUUCUCCGCUCUCUUACAGUAUGAUUAUGCAUACGUACAAAUCGCCGGCCUUGUGUGUGUGUGUGUCCAAAGGUUAUAUUCAUGUUCUCCUCCUGUGUGUCUCUAUAGACUAUUGUGAUUGCACAGGCACAGUUCUAUUCAUGUACUUCAGUGCUGUAUGUCUCUGUGUGUGUGCGCUCACGCAGGCACAGUUAUUUAGCCGGUAUAUACCUCUGUGUGUCUCUAUGUAUCGUAGUGUCUUUUAUUAGAGCCUAUCUCGAAUAGAAGCCUGUUUUGAAUACAAGCCUGAUUUUCAAGAUACACUGUUGGCACAUUAGCCUGGUUUUAGUGUUGACACACAUAGAAAUACUUGGUUUGAAUAGAAGCCUGAUGUGAACAGAAGCCUAGCCUUUACAUCGGCUUCUACAGGAAUACGCCCGGCUUUAAUACGCGACAUUAUGGGUAUACACACACACACACACACACACACACACACACACACACACACACACACACACACACACACACACACACACACACACACACACACACACACACACACACACACACACAC